AAAACAAGGUAAUUUCCAGAGCAUUAAUUAAUAGAGUUGAAUUGGCACAUGUAGCCGUAAAACAAAUGGAGAGAGAAAAAGAAGAAAAUGAAGAAAAUUUUCGUAAAGAAAGUUAUUUUAAAGCAUUUAAUAGACUUGAAGUUGUUUUGAAAAAUAUUGAAACUUUUAUUAAAGAUAUUUCAAAUUAUGGAGGAUUUAGAAAAUUCAUUAAUGCUGACCACAUUAAAAAGUGCUAUAAUGAUCUUGUUAGAAAUUUGGAAGGAGCUUGUGCAGAUUUACAAUUCAAUGUAAUUCUUUCUAGUUAUCAUACAAUGAGAGAACAAGACAAUAACACAGAGGGUUAUUUUGCUAAAAUAUGGGAAAAGCUUGAGAAUGUUGAAACAAUGCAGCAUAGUGAAUUAGUUUUAAUAAAAAAAUUAAAUAAAUGUUUGGUAUCUGACAAUGUGGAAUUUAAUCCCAUAAUAAAGUUGGCAAAAAUUGAUCCCAAGGAUAUAGAUGAUGUAAAAUCAAACUGUAGAAAGUCUACAGAUUUAAGAGGUGCAAAUAAUAGGAUUGUUAAAAAAAUACUUAGAAAAACAGUUGAGGUAGCAUGUAAAAAUAUUUUAAAUUAUCCAAGGGAUGAUGAUACCUCUGAAUCAAAAAAAUUUCAAGCAAAACUUGCAAUACUAAAUGCUAUUCAAUGCAAAUAUAUUAUUAAAUUUUAUGGUAUCUCCAAUGUAAAUUCUCAUGAUGCUUUGAUAUUUGGCUGGGCUGAAAAGGGCAAUUUAAAAGAUUUGUACAAUACUCAUUACAUUGACUGGGUUACAAAAUUAAAGAUAUCAUAUGAUGUCAUUAGAGGACUUUUAUUUAUGCAUAGUGGUGAAAUUUUACAUCACAAUGUUAAAUGUGAAAAUAUAUUAAUCGAUGAGAAUGGAAGUGCAAAAGUUUCAAAUUUUGAGCUUAGUCGUAAUUUAUCUGGUGAAACUACAAUAUUAUCAGAUUUAAAUGAUUAUAUUCGUUGGAUGGCUCCUGAAAAGAUGGGAUCAAAGACUCAACGUUAUAAUCUUUAUUGUGAAAUGUUUAGCUUUGGAAUGUUUCUUUGGGAGCUUGCUUAUCAACAAAUUCCAUAUAAUGAAAUGAAUGUAACUAGUAUUAGUGAUCAUGUCCUAAGUGGUCAAAGAGAAUCUAUAAAGAUUGGAUUUUGGAUCAGGAAUUUUUUGAUUUGA